CUCUCACUCAAAUGGGGAAACUGGCGGUUGCAGCAAUCACGAGCUUGUGGGUGAUUCCCAUGUCGAUCAUCGUCAACCACAUUGUUCCCAAUCCUUACAUGGACGAGAUAUUCCAUGUGCCUCAGGCUCAGCAAUACUGCAAUGGCAAUUUCAGGAGCUGGGAUCCUAUGAUCACUACCCCUCCUGGAUUGUACUAUCUAUCACUUGCACUUGCACAUGUUGCUUCUCUGUUUCCAGGGAUGUUGUUGAUGAGAACUUCUUCUCUGUCCUUCUCAGAAGCUUGCUCUACGUCUUUCCUGCGGUCUAUCAAUGCUGUUUUUGCAGUCUUGUGCGGUGUUCUAUCAUAUGAGAUUAUCAGGUUCUUGGGUCCGAGUCUCAGUGAUAGAAAAGCAACUUUGAUGGCUUUGGUCAUGUAUUUUUACCCUCUUCACUGGUUCUUCACUUUCCUCUACUAUACAGAUGUUUCGUCUCUCACCGCUUUUCUUGCCAUGUACCUCGCUUGUUUGAGGAAACGAUAUACUCUCAGUGCUUUGCAUCAAUAUUGUGCAAAGGAGGCUCAUUUGGUUUCACCACAUUUUGCGCAGAUAAUGUAUUUUAGCCUCGUCUCUGCGCUUUUCACUGCUCCCUUUCACUUCUCAGUAGAUCAACUGAGAAAUCUACUCCAAGAGCUCCGACGAAACUGGCCUUUAAGCCUUCUACUAACUCUUGUGGCUCUAAUAGCUUGUUUUGCCUCUGUACACUUUUUCAGCUUGGCUCAUCCUUACCUUCUGGCUGAUAACCGCCACUAUCCUUUCUAUCUAUGGAGGAAAAUUAUCAACGCUCAUUGGUUGAUGAAGUACAUGUUAGUCCCUGUUUACGUCUAUUCCUGGUUCUCAAUCCUAACUUUAUUAGCAAAAGCUCGAAGGAAGAUAUGGGUGUUGGUCUAUUUCUUAGCGACAUGUGCAGUUCUUGUUCCUACGCCAUUAAUCGAGUUUAGAUAUUACACCAUUCCGUUUUAUAUCUUCAUGCUUCACUCCUGUGUCAGCUGCACCACUACUUGGCUUCUCACUGCAACGGUUUUUAUCUGUAUCAAUGUGUAUACAAUGGCUAUGUUCUUGUUUAGACCAUUCGAGUGGAGUCAUGAGGAUGGUGUUCAGAGGUUUAUCUGGUAGGGACGGCUCAAAUAGUCGUCCUAGAAACUCAUCGAGGAGGUUUCACAUUCAUCGUCAGGAUCCUCAAAUCCGGUAUCUGAUUGAGUUUUGUUGGGGGUCUUAAUUUUGAUCGUUUUCAAAAUUGUUUAGGGUUGAAAUUGUAUAUUCUUGAAUAGCUUUUUACGUCUUCCCCGCCCUUUUCUACGUAUGUGAACUAUUUAUGACAUGACAAAUGUAAUGGUCCACCUAAUAAGGAAAUGCAAAGUGGAUGGUUUAUGUGUGAGAGAAUAUUA